AUGGCAGUAAGGAAGUCUAAGAUUUUGUUUAUGUUUCUUUUUUUUUCUGAAAAGUCUUGGACCAAUUGUCUUCUGCAUUAUAUAGAGCCUAGUGGACCUGCAACAAAUCAAUCAAGCAAAGAAGAGGCUGAUUCUCGCUCGAUAUUUGUUGGCAAUGUUGAUUAUGCUUGCACCCCUGAAGAGAUUCAACAGCAUUUUCAGUCGUGUGGUACUGUUAACAGAGUCACCAUUCUCACUGACAGAAACGGUCAGCCAAAGGGUUUUGCUUAUGUCGAAUUCUUGGAAGUUGAGGUAGUCCAAGAAGCCUUUCGGUUGCAUGAGUCUGAGCUUCAUGGUCAUCCAAUCAAGGUUGCCGCCAAACGAACCAACGUUCCAGGGCUGAAGCAGUUCCGUCCUCUGCAACAUAAUCCCUACCCGAUGUAUCCAUAUAGCAGGCCUCACAUGUCAUCCUGA